GAACGAAAGCCUAAGUUUUGUGCAUCUUUGUUUAUACAAACAGCUCACAUAUGUGCGACAUGACGGGGAAGGAGUGGAGUGAUGGCUGAGAAGCAAGCCAAGCUCAUCUGGGUUUCAGGACCCACUGCAUGGAAUCUUUUCAUUUUACUGAGAGCAGUCGAACAGACAACACGCUUGAAGUUAUCCAAACAUUUCAACCGAGUGAUCGCAAGAAGUGGACUGUAAACAAGCUUCUGUGAUAUAACUUUGUGAGGAGACAAAAUGGACGAAAACGACUUCAGUUCACCAUCAUUCUCUGGCCGUAACGCCAUUAAAUUUCCCAGCCAGUACAAGUUUGUGAAGGUUCUGGGAGAGGGUGGUUUCGGGAAGGUGGUGAAAUGCUGGAAGACGGACUCAAGACAAGUCGUAGCUGUAAAGGUCCCCUUAUACCCAGACGAGGAGGACAGGGAGAUUUCCAUCAUGAAAAAGUUGAUGCGCCUCAAACUCGACCAGUACAACAUUGUCAAGUUCUUUGACUGGUUCGACACGAGCUACGGAAGGGCGCUGGUGUUUGAGAUGUUGGACAUCAGCUUAGAGGAUUACAUUCGGCAGACCAACUGUGCCCCCAUGCGACUGAGUGACAUCAGAGCCAUCAUCCAACAGCUGGCCACAGCACUGGAGGCCCUGAAGAGGAAUGGAGUGAUCCAUAAUGAUAUAAAAGCAGACAAUAUCAUGAUGGUGAAUCACCGGAAACGACCCUUCAGUGUCAAGCUGAUAGACUUUGGCGUGGCCUUGCUGAGCUCUAAAGCCAAACAGGGCAUGACUGUGCCGACCAUAAACAGAUCUCCAGAAAUUAUUUUAGGCCUUCCAUUUUCUGAGGGCAUUGACAUGUGGUCGCUGGGCUACACAUUGGCUAUCAUGGUCAUCGGUGAUGAACUGAUCCCGUUAGCAUAUGAGUAUGAUGCAAUUAAUGCCAUUGUUAAAUUCCUGGGUCAGCCGCCAGACCAUCUUCUUAAUAAUGGACUGAGUCCAAAUCCUGGAGGCUCAAGACACAUCAGGAGUUCUGGGGACGAUGCCCUCACAGACCCCGCACUCUCAGCUGUUAUUCCUCUCUGGAUGAUCUGA